AUGGCUUCAAAUAACCCAGCUGAAAAGAAGCAGCUACCUAAAGAAUAUGAAAAUGAAAGUAUUGGGUUUGAAUGUGGAGCACAAGUCUUUACACUGUCUAAUCCUAAGAGAAUCCUUAAGGGUGGUAUAGAACUUCUCAAAAGUGGAAGAUUGUGGUUUCAACUCUUCUGGAAUCUAGGUCUACUCAUAAUUCUUAUUAUGAUAGAGUCAAUUUCUCCCUGGGGUACACAUCUUACCAAGGGUGCAAUUAAACGCCUUAAUGCUUUACAGCGUCCACAUCUUUUAAUAAUUAGCAAAGCUUAUCGUACUACUCACACUUCAACGGCUGCUCUUCAGAUUCUAACAGGCCUUCCUCCACUUCCACUCAUGGUACAGCGAGAAGAAACAAUAGCCAAUGUAGUUCGACUUCAAAAGCUCCAAGAAUUAUGGAAUGAUCACUUUCACCCAGACGAUUAUGAACUUCAACAAUCUAACGAUGCUUUUCAUCCAGCUUCAUUCGAUCUUCAACAAAACGUCUUCAUCAAAACAUCAAAUCCCUUGAAUUCUGAUUUUCAAAUUUACAGAGAUGGUUCCCAAAUGUCUUCAAGAACAGGAAGUGGUUUUGCUGCAUAUAAUACAUAUCUUUCUGUCUUUAAUAUUAACAGUAUACAUCCUGCAUUAAGAAAAGCAGUGGAAUAUCGGAGAACAAAUGUUUGUGUAGGAGAUCUGGACAUAUUUACUGAGGGUUCUGGUUAUGACAAUGGAAUUGAAGCAUUAGCAGAUGUUGAUAACACCAAUAUUUUGGUCUCGUAUAUAAAAGAUCUCCUUGUAAAAGUUGAGAAAAUAAAUGAAGUGAAAAUGAACUGGGCGAAAGCUCAAAUUGAUGUUACAGGCAAUGAGAAGGCCGACAUGCUGGCCAAAGAAGCUGCUGUGGAUAAUACCGGGAAUGCUUUAGAUAUUCAAGCAUAA